CAUUUUGUAGUUUCCUUGAGAAAUUGUGUUGAGUUGAUUCAUCUUCUCGGUAAGAAUUUCAUAAAAUUCUAAAACGGCGCGACUCACAUUGAUCCAAAUGAUGUAGAGGAUUGAGGGCAGAUGCUUAUGGCUAACUAUUCAUAGCUUGAGAACGAGGAAUAAGGUUGCGUUUUUUGCGCACAACCGUGUGCGCUCACGGUACUUACACCCGAAGAACGAGCCAGUAAACGAAGCUGCCGAGAACACCUAUUGAUAAAGGCACAUGGAAUCCGGGAUUGUUUCGGGAUGAAUGGUGAUUUCGGGUACGUGUACAUGAAUGGGGACAUUGGGAAGCUCCCACCAGGGGCGGUCUAUCCAGCCACCCCUGAACCUUUGGGUUCUGUUGGGGGUGCAAUUGGAAGUACUGCAUCCAAUUUGGAAUAUAACAUCAUGAACGGAGUUCCAAGUGGAAAUGAAUUGAUAUUGGAGGCAGGUGUUGGUAAUUUGGAACCUUCACUGCAACAUGCUAGAGGUAUAGGGGGUGCUGCAGGUUACGGUCCAGUGGAUGUUGCUCCCAUAGGUGAUGUGCCAAAUCAACCUGCUCUAAUGGGUGACUUGUCUGCCACUGGUAUACCUUUGGAACAACUUAAACAGAUGCUCUCUUCACAACUUGAAUACUAUUUCUCCAGAGAAAACUUAGCUAAUGAUACAUAUUUAUUAUCACAAAUGGAUAAUGAUCAAUAUGUACCAAUAUGGACAGUAGCAAAUUUUAAUCAAGUGAAAAAAUUAACGAAGGAUAUAAAACUCAUAACAGAGGUUCUAAGAGAAUCUCCAAAUGUACAGGUUGAUGAAGAAGGGCAGAAAGUAAGACCUAAUCACAAACGAUGCAUUGUAAUUCUUCGUGAAAUACCAGAUAGUACACCAUUGGAAGAUGUGAAGAAUUUAUUCUCUGGGGAAGGGUGUCCAAGAUUUAUUUCAUGUGAAUUUGCCCAUAAUAGUUCUUGGUAUGUAACUUUUGAAUCUGACGAGGAUGCUCAAAAGGCCUACAGGUUUUUACGUGAGGAAGUUCGGGAGUUUCAGGGAAAGCCAAUAAUGGCUAGAAUCAAAGCUAAACCAAUGAAUAGGCUACCAAUCCCAGCAGUUGCUAGUGUGGGUGGUAUUAAAAAUGGUUAUAGAACACCACCACCACCACCUGUUUAUGAUCCAAAUAGUUAUACAACUGGUCAGCAACGUUUUCUUUAUCCAAAUGGUACUACUAUGCCACAAACUACUAUGCCGCCAUAUGCCAAUCAGGUUCAUUUAUAUCAUCAACCAUUUUAUCCUCCUGGAAUGAUGCCUUGGGGACCUGCAAGUCCUGCAUAUUUCGACAUGUCAGGUGUUUUUAUGAAUGGUAUUACACCACAUAAUACGUUUAAAUCGCAUAACACAAGAUUUCCUCGUCACAGAAAUAAACAAAGAAAUGGAUCUGAAAGACCAGGCUUGAUGGGUGGCGGAGGUAAUAUGGUGCCAAUGGGACGCACUUCACAUCCGCCUAUAAGUGGAGCACCAAUAUCUUUAGGAGCAACAGUUCCGACUUUUACUUCGAGCUUGCCUACGGUGAAGCCAACUUCUUCUUCCUACCAGACCGGCACAAAGUUCCACUCCUCACAUACAACUGUAGCAACUGGAGAGGUUCCCUAUAAUAGCAGCCAUUCGAAAGGAUCCCAAGAAAAUGACGCUCAAACUCUGGACUCUGGAGUACAAUUUCCGCGUCAUCGUAUGCAUCGUAGGACCAAAGACCAAGAAUCAUUAUCAAAGGCUAAUAGUAGCCCCUUACCGUCAAUCAGAGAAUCUGCCCCGGCCAGUAAUAAUAACACACAAUGUAACCGAGGGGUACAAUUCGAUUUGGAAGCUUCUGCUUUCCCUCCUCUUCCUGGCCUAGAUGCUGAUCUUGCAAAAUCCCAUAAUGCUUCAGUAGAAACUGUUGGUACAGAUUGUACGCAGUCGCAGAAUAGGCUUUCAGAUGUAGUUAAAGGUACUGCAAAAUUGAAAAGUAUCAAAGAAAAAGAACCUACAGGAACUUCACAACAAUAUCAUCAACAACCGACAAGUAAUAGCAGUAGGUCUGCAAGUCCAGGGUCAAGUGCUGGUGGUCAUGCUGGUUCGCUAGAAGCUCCAACUGGUUCUGGAAGUACAUCAACUACUCCUGUUGCAUCUACAAAUGUCAGCUCUAAUGCUUCUGCUAGCAACAAUGACUCCACAGACAUCGCUUUCAGCACCAUCACUCUCACUCCCCCGUCAUCUCCUGAUAAGUUUAGUCCUUUAUUAUUGAAAUGCACCGCUGACAGAUCUGUAAAGACUGACGAUUCGAACAUGGUGAACGGAGUGGACGAGGCUGUUUCAAAUGCACACACAGUGGAAGAUUCUGAACAAGUAUCUAGGUGUGAAUGUAAUGUCUCUACUGCCUCACAAAAUUCCCAAUCUCAAGUGGGAGUGUCUUCUACUUUCCCUGUUGAUCUUACAAGACCGAGUUAUGCCCAAGUAGCACAACACUGUCGCGAACUACCUUGUACAAAACAUAAGACAGAUGAAAGGGAUGGAAAUGUGUAAAUCAAUAUAUACAAUCGCAGUGAAUUUCAAUAUUUAGCUGUUAUUCUUCAUCUGGAUUAUAUGGAUUAUGUACCACUGCUUUUAUCCUACACUGGAUAUAGUGGGUAUGAAGAAAACUUUUUACAUUGUACAGUGACUUCGCCUACAAUGAAUGUGGUAUCAAUUAACUAUGAAACAUAAAAAAAAUUGUUUGAAGAAACUCUAAUUCGCUGCAUAUUUAAAAAAAAAAAAUACGUUUGCUGGCAGGAUAAUACAUUGUGUAGAAGAGUAUUGUUAUUGCUUUGGUUCUGUGAUUUUGGAGGUACAUAUUUGUUAGCUUGUAAAA